UUUAUGUAUCAAUGAAGUGUUUCAGAUAAAUGUGUUCCAUCAUAAAGCCUUUCUAUGAACAUGGUAUGCAUGCAACCAUGUAUGAAUAAUAAAUAUAACUAAGCUGUCAUGACUCAUGCCCUGUCUAUUUUAAAGUAUAUUUGAAGUAUAUUCUUUAAUGCUUUCUUUGUUAGGUAUCUUGCCACUGGCGAUUCCUUUCACACGAUUGGCUUCAGCUAUCGUGUGGGCACUUCGUCAGUGUGUAGGAUAGUGCAGGAGGUAGCCAGUGCCAUCUGGACUGCUUUGGUGGAGGAGGAGGAGAUGUCUGUUCCCACGAGGGCGGACUGGAGCACCAUGGCCGAGCAGUUUGAGUGGCGCUGGAACUUCCCCAACUGCAUCGGAGCGAUUGAUGGGAAGCAUGUUGUGAUACAAGCUCCAGUUAACUCUGGCUCCUUGUAUCACAAUUACAAGGGCACCUUCUCCCUGGUCCUCCUCGCCAUAGUGGACGCCGACUACCUGUUCCGGGUUGUGGAUGUUGGAGGCUACGGCAGGACGAGUGACAGCGGCUCCCUCCGUAACUCCGCGUUUGGGGAAGCUCUUCGCGAUGGCACCCUUGACCUCCCUCCCGACUGUGUCAUCUCCGGCGCAGAGCAGCGGGGGCCACUUCCUCACAUGUUUGUGGGGGAUGAGGCGUUCCCACUCAUGACCCACCUGCUGCGGCCAUUCCCUGGACAACAUCACACUCAGGAGAAGCGAGUGUUCAACUACCGCCUCAGCCGGGCUCGUCUGGUAGUGGAAUGUGCCUUUGGGAUCUUGGCAUCUAGGUGGCGCAUGUACCGGCGCGGGAUUGGCACCAGUCCUGAGGUAGCUGAGGUGUGUGUGAGGGCCACCUGUGUGCUGCACAACUUUCUUGAGAGGAAGAAGCUGCAGGGGAGAAGACGCGGGGUGGAACCGAACAUCGAGCCAUCGACUGAUCCAGAAGCCCUGCGUGAUGCACCCAGGAUGGGCUCCAACAACGCCACCAGACUGACCAUCCAGAUGCGGGAGGCCUACUGUGCGUUCUUCAACGAGGAGGGUGCAGUGCCAUGGCAGCCAAGAGCCUAGCAACACAAAGGCUCUUCAACCAAACAGCUCUUUUAAGAGCUACCUAUA